UUGUGGAAAGUGCUCCACUGAUCAUGAACUGCGGGUUGUGAACUGUUCAGAUGUACUUCAUUAGACUUUACUAGUUAGUUCAUUAGAGGGCCGUUAUGCAGAAUUAACCUUCAUUUGGUGCAGAAGUGGAGCCAGCGUUUGGGGUGCACACACUGGAUAUUCGCAUCUGUUUUCAAGAAUCUCUCCAGACCUCUCUCAGUCUUCCGAGCGGAGAUAACUCAAGACUUCUGGCGCUAUGAGGAAGACACAUAACGCGUGGAGCGGACUCAUAUUGCGCGAAUAAGCGGAGGAAAAGAGAUGCAUUUCCAGCCAGCCGAAUAACAGUGACAGCUUUCUAAAUGCGUCUUCUUAUCGAGCAGCCAAGAACAAUGAGCAGUGGCUCUAGCAACUUUCUGCUAGUUCCUAUACCGGAGUACCCUGUACUAGACUGUGUGCCAAACAAAAACGUCAAGAUAGUUGUUCUGGGAGCAAGCAAUGUCGGAAAAACGGCUGAACACAAAAGAAGAAUUUGUGAAGAAACCUGGAAACCAAAUAACGAAACUCAUAAAGGUUUGGAACCACUUGAGGCUCUGAUUGUAAGAUUUCUUACUAAGAGAUUCAUAGGAGACUAUGAAGCCAACACAGGGGCCUUAUAUUCAAGGAAGAUUAAUUUGGAUGGGGAGCAAGUUUCUUUGCAAGUACAGGACACUCCGUGUGUCUCACUGCAGGAUGAUGCCGACGGCCUUUACUGUCAAGAGCAGAUCAACCGCUCCAUUUACUGGGCGGACGGUUAUGUGCUCGUCUUCUCCAUCACUGACCUCAACAGCUACCGCACCAUCCAGCCUCUCUACCAACACGUGCGCCGAAUCCACCCCAGCGGUAACAUCCCUGUCAUCAUCGUGGGAAACAAGAGCGACCUUCUGCGUGCCCGACAGGUCCCAGAUCCUGAAGGGAAGGCACUGGCGGAUGAAUUGGGAGGGCCAUACUUUGAGGCUUCGGCCAGGGAGAACCACGAGAGCGUCCAGGCUGCUUUUCUGCACUUAUGUCAGGAGGUGAGCCGAGCGCUGGGAGGAGGAAACGGGGAGAAGAGAAAAGGUGGACUACACCUUGCCAGGCCAAAGAGCCCAAACAUGCAGGAGUUGAAGAGAAGAUUCCGGCAAGUGCUGUCAUCCAAGGUCAAGUCGGCUACGGCGCUAUGAGGAUCGCGGAUUUGAUGAAUGUGAGGAUUGGGAAAGUGUUAAAGUAUUGCAGAAGUGAUUGUGAAACACAAGGCAAAACAAUGAGCUGUUUUUUAGCAAGCACUCAUAGACGACGAGAGGUGAGAUCACUGCUCCCUGGAUGAACUCCUGGCACUGAACUUGAAUGCUUUCUAAUGGUUUCAAGGCCAUCAAGUCUGUUUUUGUUGGUUUGUUUUAGAUGCUGUCAAGCAACGGUUUCCAGGAUUAUAAUGAACAUACAAAUUCGAUUUCUUAGUAGUGACUUUCUUAUAAAUCAGUAUUACACAUGAAUUAGCUUUGUCUCUUGGAAUGUGAAGCAAGGAUUAACAGAUUAUUUUUGACCGAGGCCAUUUGUUAUAUUGAGAGUAUCAAAAUGUUAGGAUGACUGUAAGAUUCUCAUGUGAUUGGGGGCGGAUUUACAAAGUCCUGUUUUAGGGUAACAUAUCCCAUAUUUUCCUGACAGUGAAACGCAUAAUCCAGCCAUGUGUGUUUAUAAUCGUGGGAGAAAGAGGUUGUUUACUAGCAGUUCCCAUGACCUUUGACCUGCUUAAAUUGUGUCAAGGAUUUGAGGGUACUGGAGGUUCAGGGCUUCCUAAGCUUGUUUCUUCCAGAUGUCUCAUUCGCCCACUCAAAACUCAUGUUUAUCUUGCUGCGCAGAUGACAUAGCAUUCCUCUAAAGCAGGUCUGGAGAUUCCUAGACUGAACUAGUAGCCGUGCACCCGCUGAGUCGCCGACCUCUUACUUUUCACCUUUGAUAAAUCAGUUUCUUUCAUUCAGCCAAUGGCCUAAAGCAGAUUAAGACCAAGACAAGCCGUCUGUUCUCUCAUAAUGUGAGUGUCCAUUUCCUUACACUUUAACACAGUAAAAGCCUAGUAAACAUA